AUGGAAAUUGCAAAAACGGGAAGGAAUUGGGUAGAAAACGACGUGACAACAACAUCGAACAUUCUUAUGAAAAAUUUGAACAAUUUGAACGAAGAUAUUUUCAUUGAGAUUUUUAAGCAUUGCGAUGAUAUGUUUGAAUCAACUUCAUCUAUUAUUGAUUUUACUCGAGCAUGGGGUAAAUCUAACAACGAUCAAUGGGAAACACUUGAUUUUUCUAUGUUGAAAUCUGAUUUUAUUAAGACUAAAUCUGAGCCUUAUGUUUGGGUUAAUUCUCGAUGUGACAAUUUUUUAUAUAAAUUGUUGUUUGUUGCAUUGAAUCUCAGUCAAGGGAAUAUCAAGACUUUGCUUUUUCAUUACAACUUGUUUUUGUCCAAUGAUCAAUUCAGCUGCAUAGCUAGAAGGUGUCCACUUGUAAGACGGAUAGUUUUUGUCUCUUGGAAUAGAAUCAAGAAAGUAGAAAUGCGAAAGGCUAUUAGGGGUUGGAAUGAUCUAGAGUCAAUGACAAUGCCUCCCCUAAAAGAUCCAACAUAUGUUUUUCAAGAAAUUUCAAAGAAUUGUAAGAACUUUAGAGAACUCAAGGUUAUGGGACGUUUAGAUAACAGAUUUGCUUUGUCUCUUGUUACCUAUCUCCCUAACUUGAAAGUAUUGAGUGUUCGAUGUUCAAUGUUAGUAAAGGAAGCUCUAAUUUUAGUUUUAGAGAGUCUAAAAUAUUUAGAAGUACUCAACGUUUCACAUUCUUAUUUUGUGGUACCCAUUAGUAGUCAUAUUGAUCGUAAUACUAUCUGUGAAAAGGCUUCAAAGUUGCGUCAAUUUAUAACUUGCAUGGAAAAACCAUGCAUCAUGUGUGAGCGGACAAGAAUGGAUUGUGGGCUUUCUAGAUGGCAUAAGUUCAAGGAAGGAAUUUGGAAAGAUGAUGAAGUUAGCUCUCUUGCACUUUGA